AUGUACAACACCCAUCGCGGGAUGGUGCCCGCCCCCAACUCUCGCCUGACAGAGUUGCUCGACCAGCUGCGCCAGGAGUUCGAGAGCCAGUCUCGGAGCACCGGCGAAUAUGAACACCAGUUAACCGGACAGCUCCAGGAGAUGGAGAUGAUCCGUCAGAAGGUAUACCAACUGGAGCAGACCCAGAUUAAAAUGAAGGCAGACUACGAGGCUGAGAUCCGAAUGUUGCGACAUGAACUCGAGCAGCGCGGUGUCCAACCCGUCUCUUCGCAUAUCGCGCCCGCGCAGCACACCGGCCCUCAGGCGCAACCACCUUCAUUGGGCCAUGGCCCCAGCAACUUGUUUGGUGGUAUCAUGACCAACCAAGGAGGUAGUGGUCCCGGUCUUGCCCCUCCCCCCCUCCCAGGAUCAGCAGCCUUCCCAGCAUACCCUUCAACAGCCUGCCUCGGCCGCUCAGCCUGGUGCGCCGCAGCCCCCGCAGAGCUUCCCUGGAGGAUAUCAGCCUGGUGCUGCUGUGAACGGCUACGGACCUCCCCCUCCUCCCACUGCAUCCCCUGGCCCGGAUUCCCCGUCCCACCCCCCCCCAACCAGCCGCUCGUCCGUGCGGACCGCCCGGGUAACAUGCUCGCCAACUGGGAUCCCGCGGAUCUCCCCGCGUCGCAAAAGCGUGAGGGUUCCGAUUGGUAUGCCGUGUUCAACCCCGAGGUUCAGCGUGUGCUGGAUGUUGAGUUGGUGCACCAUCUCAACCACGACAGCGUGGUCUGCUGUGUUCGCUUCAGCCGUGAUGGCAAGUACUUGGCGACGGGCUGCAACCGCUCGGCGCAGAUCUUCGAUGUGACCACUGGUCAGAAUGUGGCGACCCUGCAGGAUGAGAAUGUCGACAAGGAUGGUGACCUCUACAUCCGUAGCGUUUGCUUCAGCCCGGAUGGCAAGUACCUGGCAACCGGUGCGGAGGAUAAGCAGAUUCGGGUAAGUUAUCUCGGACCCCGUGAACCUCCGUUGACCCCGAACCCGAUAUUUUCGUAG